AUGCCACAUGCACCAAGGUCCUCUGCAAACUGUGCCAAGAUGCAGACAAAACUGAGCGCCUGGACUCCUCUGAACCAUCCUCUGGCAAACAGCAAGGUGUUUGAAGAGAGACGAAGCCUUCUGGCAAAGUGGUUUGACAAGUGGUCUGACAGUCAGAGGAGGGCAGUGCUGCAGGAUUUUGUACUGAGCUGUUCGCUGGAGCAGCUGAAGUUCCUGAGUCUGAGUGUGAGCAGACAGCUCCCCCUGCAGGCUGCAGACUUCACCUGCCUGCUGCCCCGAGCCCUCUGCCUCUACAUCUUCUCCUUCCUGGACCCCCGCAGCCUAUGUCGAUGUGCACAGGUGAGCUGGCACUGGAAGAGCAUUGUGGAGCUGGACCAGCUGUGGAUGCCCAAGUGUCUGAGGUUCGGCUGGUGCAUCAAUUUCUCCCCCACACCGUUUGAGCAGGGCGUCUGGAAGAGGUACUACAUCCAAACUGUGCAGGAGCUGCGACUCACCCCACUGCAGGCUGCUUGGUCCCAGCAGCAGUUUGCGAUUCCAGAUGCAGCCACGACCAGCACUACACAUGAAGAUCUGUUAGCACCGCCCCUCCUCACCGACGAGCAUCCAGUGUCCACUAAACAGCGAGUUAGAAGCAGCCUCAGGACUGGAUUAAUAAAGGAGAAGCAGCCAAAUGCUCUGCCUCCAUGGAGAGAUUCUGACAGACAUCCCAAAGACACACUGCGCUUUAACUACCUAGACAACCUGGACACAGUCAAACAGGCCAUGGCAGCGCAGACGAAAAGCGCAGCCACCACCUGCCGUAGUAACACAUUGAAGCCAGACGACGGAAGCAAGAAAACGCUGUCUGAGGCAAAUUACAAACUCCGCAAAGCCAAAUCUCUGAUGUUCCUCAGUUCCAACUGCAGAACCCAACAUCCUCCUCAUCAGACCCAAACCCGACCUCAGUGGGCAUCUCAGAGUAACGACUACCCCGUCACCAAAGAGACCACCAAGAGCCUGCUGCACUUGGCCCAGUGGAACGCUGGGAUCCGUCCGGGGCCGGUGAGGUCUGCGGUGCCCCAGCUGAGCAUGGAGGCGCUCAGGGCAUCCCAGCGCUCACACCGGAGCUCACCCAGUAAACCACUGUUCGAGGUUCAGCCAUGGAUUGUUCCUGCUUCACAUGCACACUGA